AUGGAAAUGACAGUAUGCGUUCGAUUCCUCUCCUUUUGUCGAAAAGGCCAUUCUCACAGCAAGCAAGAAGACAGGAAAGAGCGCGUCGUCAUUCUUGGGUCCGGAUGGGCCGGAUACGGCUUUGCACGGACACUAGACCCAAAGAAGUACGAGCGUAUUAUGAUAUCGCCUCGUUCGUACUUUGUGUUCACCCCAUUGCUGGCAGGCACAGCAGUUGGCACUCUCGAGUUCCGGGCAACACUAGAAUCCGUCAGGCGGCUAGGACUGGACAGCUUCCACCAGGGUUGGGCCGAUGACAUUGAUUUCACCAAAAAGACGAUUAGAGUUGAAGCAAACACCUCUGAUGAUCUGGCCUCACGGACACAUCUCUUACCUACCAAGUCUUCGAAGGUGCAGGCUGAGAAAGGGGUGAUGUUCGAUGUGCCGUAUGACAAGCUCGUCAUCGCUGUCGGCUCAUACAGCCAGACUUUUGGAAUCGAGGGUGUCAAGGAACACGCAAACUUCUUGCGAGAUGUCGGCGACGCUAGGAAAAUCCGGCUAAGGGUUCUGCAAUGCUUCGAAAAAGCAGCGCUUCCUACCACGACCGAUGAGGAGAGGAAGAAACUGCUGCACUUCGCUGUGGUAGGCGGCGGCCCAACUGGUAUUGAAUUCGCUGCCGAGCUUCAUGACCUGAUUCAGGAUGAUCUCAAGAAGCUCUACCCAGACGUGAUGAAGUAUGUGGGCAUCACUGUGUAUGACGUGGCGCCGAAGGUUCUGCCCAUGUUUGACCAGACCCUGGCCAAUUAUGCCAUGGAAACCUUCCACCGCGAGGGAAUCAAGGUCAAGACUCAGCAUCACCUUACGCGCAUCAGACCCGACGACGACACAGCAGGCUGCUUGAAGCUGAAAAUUGAAGAACUUGGCGACGAGGAAGUCGAUGCGGGGAUCGUGGUUUGGAGCACUGGCCUCAUGCAGAACCCUUUGGUGCAAAAGUUGGAAGAGAAAGUCUUCCGUCCAUCGUUGAUAGCUGGUAGCGCUGACCCUGCCCCGGAAGUAAGGCUCCACAAAGACGCGAAGACGGGCAGCUUGCUCACCAACACUCACCUUAAUCUCACGGUCGUUCCUAGCAGACUGGAGCAGGCUAAGGAUACCUCAUCUUCGAUCCUCCCCGAUGUGUACGCCAUUGGAGACUGCGCUAUCAUUGACGGCCAGGUCCUUCCUGCCACUGCACAAGUUGCCAGUCAAAAGGCAAGUUACUUGGCAAAGCAACUCAACAAGGGCACCGCCGGGACGACAGACUUCAAGUUUCGCAACUGGGGCACCAUGACCUACCUUGGAGGGUGGAAAGCGAUCCAUCAGAGUAGUGCUGAUGACCUCAAAGGGUGGGCCGCCUGGGUCUUGUGGCGCACUGCGUAUCUCACAAAGAGCAUGAGCAUUCGGAACAAGAUUAUGGUCCCUAUAUACUGGUUCAUUUCCUGGGUUUUUGGCCGGGAUAUCUCAAGGUUCUAG